AUGCAAGUGGAUGUGCUGGAAAAUGCAAAAACUGGAGCAACAAGGACUGAGAAAAUCCUGAAAGUUGCCCUUUUUGUUUUCAUAGCCACUACGAUAGUUCUCAGUGGUAUUCUCGCACUCGCUGGGAAAAACAUUAUAAAGCUUCAUUCUGAAGAAUACUGUGUGACUGCUGAAUGCACUGAGGCUGCUGUUUUUAUGUUUAACAAUAUCAACUGGUCUGCUGAUCCAUGUAACAACUUUUUUGAGUUUGCUUGUGGGAAGUGGCUGAAGGAGAAUUCAAUUCCUGAUGAGUACUCAAGCUAUGGAACAUAUAAAAUGAUUAGCAAGAGUGUCAAAAUCAUGCUGAAAGAGUUGCUUCAAAAACCGGUUGCUGAAGGGGAGGAAGUUGAAGCCAUUCAGAAAGCAAAAUUACUCUAUCAAUCCUGUAUGAACGAGACUGCUAUAGAAAUGAACGAUAUGAAACCUCUGCUUGAGAUUCUGAAGGAUCCAGCUUUACGCUGGCCAGUGCUUGAGACAUAUAAUGGACCGGAGGGAACGUGGAAAGAGCAGGAAUUCAGCCUCCUUGAGACCUUGGCUGUUCUCCGUGGACAAUACAAUAAUAAUAUUCUCUUUACAUUUUCUGUUGAAGUUGAUAGCAAGAACUCUGAGGAUCACAUUUUAACGCUGGACCAAGGAUCUCUAUUCAUGGAAUCGCGGGAAGACUAUCUCACCAACAGCACGGAAACAAAAACUUACAGGGAUGCACUGCUGAAGCUUAUGAUCGACAUGGCUAUUCUCCUUGGAGCUAAUUCCACCACUGCACACGCUGACAUGGCCAAAGUACUGGAGUUUGAAAUUGAAUUAGCCAAGAUUGUUAUUCCAAAUAGGAACAGGACCAGUGAAACCCUUUAUAACAAGUUCACUAUAUUACAACUGCAAAAUACAAUACCUGGGUUUGAUUGGCUUCAUUACAUGAACAUGGUAAUUGACGAUGAAUUUAAUCCUGAACUUAAACACAUAAACGUGUCAGAAGAUAUUAUAGUGUACGUUCCCCAGUACCUCAAGGAUUUAGUCAAGCUGCUUCAGACUGUGGAUAACAGAACGGUGGCAAAUUAUGUGGUGUGGAGAAUUGUGUACAGGAGAACCAACAACCUGAGUAAACGUUUUCUAAACAGGCGUCUUGAAUAUCUAAAGGUGGUUAGAGGGAUGACUUCUUUAGCUGAACGCUGGAUCAUGUGUGUGGUCUAUGUUGACUAUAUUUUUUCGUAUGCUGUUGGAAGAAUGUUUGUUGAUGCACAUUUUCAGGAGGAUAAGAAAAAAUUGACCGAAGAAUUAGUUGAAGGUGUUCGCUGGGCAUUUCUGGAUAUAUUGGAUAAAGAAAAUGAUUGGAUGGACAAAGACACCAAGAACAAAGCUAAAGAAAAGGCUAAUGGAGUUCACUCUAAAAUAGGAUACCCCAGCUUCAUACUGAAUGAUACAAUCAUUACUGAAUCCUAUAGAAACAUUACUAUUUCUAGUUCAAACUACUUUGAAAAUGUAGUGCUGGCCCUCCUAGUCUUUGCUCAGGCUGAUUUUGCGUGGUUGCGACUCCAUGCUUCAAAAACAGGUUGGUUCACCAGCCCAACCACUGUUAAUGCAUUUUACAGCCCAACGCAGAACCAAAUCCAGUUUCCAGCAGGAGAACUUCAAAAGCCAUUCUUUUGGGGAGAACAGUACCCUCUGUCCAUCAGUUAUGGUGGAAUCGGUACCAUUGUUGGCCAUGAGUUUUCCCAUGCAUUUGAUAACAAUGGCCGCAAAUAUGAUAAAUUUGGAAACUUGCAACAAUGGUGGACCAAUGCUUCAAUCUCAAAGUUUGAGGAGAAAACCCAAUGCAUGAUAAAGCAAUAUGACGACUACUACUGGCUAACAGCUGGUAUGCAUGUAAAUGGGAAGAUGACCUUAGGGGAGAACAUUGCUGAUAAUGCUGGGAUUCGACAAUCUUUCAGGGCUUAUAGGAAAUGGAUAAGAGAGAAGAGAGGAGGCAAGGAGGAGGAUCUCCUUCCAGGAAUAGGACUGAGCAACAAUCAACUAUUUUUUUUGAGCUACGCAAAUGUUAGAUGCGAUAACUAUAGACCAGAAGCUGCCAGGAUUCAAAUUUUGAAUGGUGUUCACAGUCCUUCUGAAUUUAGGACAAUUGGAGCAAUGAGUAACUUUGAAGAAUUCAGCAAAGCUUUCAACUGUCCAGAGACAUCAGUAAUGAAUCGAGGAUCAAACGCAUGUCGAGUGUGGUAGAGGUUCUCAUGAAGGCUGUUUCUUAGACACUGCUUUUGAAACAAUGCAUAAAUAUUUAUGUAUUGCUUUUUAAUUUCAAUAUAAUUAAAUAAUCCCUAGAUCUAUAUUCUGGUGAAAUAUAUAGGGGUUUAAUGUACGCAAUUAUGUACUGUGAUUUGCAACGGGAUUCCUUAAUAAUGGAUGCAAUCCCUGUAUCUGCUAUCACCCAAUUUACAUUCAGAGCGGAUUACUUGUGAUCCGUGUGAUAUACUUCAAUUGCCGGAAGGAGUGGCAACUUGGAUUCAUUAUUAAAGAAUUGUGAUUGCCUGAUAGAUCCCAAUGUUGUUGUUUAUUCUCGUUUAUUUUAGGACUGCAGUGUCUCACUUCUUAACAUUAUUAAUCUGUGGUCUAAUUUAUGCGAACCUUAGAGUAUAGGAGUCAUUGAACGUGAUCUAGCGCUGCCAUUCAAGCAUAGUUGUUACUUUCAAAUCUAUUCCAAAAAUCCAUCUCAAAAGCUGUAAAACACAUUAAAUGAAGAAUGAAGGUCAUUAUGAAUGCGUUAAAACUCCUAAUGUCAAAAAAGACAUGGUCGUGAAAUUUGCUGUUUCUUAAGAGAAACAAAUGAAUUGUUACACUGAAUGAUUGGCACAAUGAUGUUGGGAGAACACUUUAUCUCAAUCUGAAUUAACACAUUGAGACUCCAGCAUGACAUUGACAUCUGUGGAUUUGUUAAGAUCUCUAGGUCUGGUGCUUUCUGGAUUUUUUUAUAUAAUAAAAAUUCUGUAGACAAACUGAACCACUUGAAAGCGUGCCCUGUUGUAGCUGCAAUAGUUUCAUAUUUUUGUCACGAGUUAAAAUGGUUACAUGAUUAUAAUAAUAAAAAUAAUAAUAAUCCUAACAUUUGGUAUAGCACCUUUCAUGUCAGGAGGAUGCCUCAAGGCACUUCACAGGAUUUACUUUAAAGUGGUGUGACGUGUGUUUUUGUGGAUGAAAGUAGUUUAUUGGGCAACAGCACAUUAUUGUUUUAUUUUUAUAUCUUCAUGAAAUGGUUAUUUCUGAGACUUACUGAAAAUACACGUUGGGGUCUAAAACAUGGUGAUUUCUAACAGUCAGGGCUCCUUUUGUACAUCACAUUGACCCAUGUCAUGGGAAUCCUCUUCUGAUUUUUCAAGGAAACACAAAUUGUUGCUAUUUGAAAUUGAGCUAUUCUAUGAAUGAUUUAAUGAUGGUGUUUUAAAUUGUCAUUUAGAAAUAUAAGUGAUAUCUUAUCCUCACUUGACAUUUUUACUCUGGAUUCUAACGCAUUCUAUACCAAAUAAAAUCUUUUUGAAAUAAGCAAA